AUGGAGCCAGGGGGGAGGCUGAUUGAAAAAGAACAAUAUUAUCACGGACUGCUGCCUCGAGAAGACGUCCAACUGAUGCUCACGCAAAACGGAGAUUUCGUGCUCCGAUCGUCCGAAACGCGGUCCGGAGAUGGCCGAUCGUACAUUCUCAGCGUGAAACUCGGCGCCUCUCCUGAUGAAAAUUCUUCCGUAAGAUGAUGAAAAAGCGAUGAGUAAAGUGAACGACCCUCCGUUUCAGAUACAACAUUUUGUGAUCAAAAAGGACGAAAAAAAGUACAUGAUCUACAGUUCGAUGCAGUUUGGAACAAUCCAGGAGCUGAUCGAUCAUUACUGGAAAAAGAAGGUGACAAUCGGAAGCGGCGUCCUUCUUUCUCGUCCGAUUAUGCGUCAAGUAUGGGAGCUGGAUCAUGAAGCGGUGACGGUUAUGAAGAAAUUAGGAGAAGGAGCGUUCGGAGAAGUGAGCCUGGGAGUUCUGAAACUGAAAAGUGAAAAAGAGGUGAAGGUGGCGAUCAAGACGGCGAAAUUGGAUAAACUCACAAAAGAGCAGAUAAAAGAGUUUAUGGGCGAAGCACGAAUCAUGAGAUCUCUGAGCCAUCCGAACGUGGUCAAGCUGUACGGAGUGGCAGUUGGACAGGAGCCGCUGUACAUGGUGAUGGAGCUGGCGACAAACGGAUCCCUCGACAGUUACCUGAAGAAGCAGCCUACGCUCACUUGCGAGAAGAGGAACGAGAUGGUGAUGCAGGCUGCGUGGGGUCUGGAGUACCUUCAUUCGAAGCCCAUCUUGCACCGAGACGUUGCCGCCAGAAACUGUCUGUACGGUGAUCAAAUGGUCAAGAUCUCAGACUUUGGACUCGCGAGACCCGGAAUUCUCUACCAGAUGGAUCCGAAUCGGAACGUUCCCAUCCGAUGGCUGGCAGUCGAAACCCUCGUCAAUUUCGUAUACACUCCAAAAACUGACGUUUGGGCGUUCGGAAUCAUGGCGUGGGAGAUAUUCAUGAGCGGCUUGGAACCGUAUCCGAACAUGUCCGUCCGAGAAGUGAACGCACAAGUCCGAACGGGAUAUCGGAUGGAGAUUCCGCCCUCUGUCAGUCCAGACAUUUCUCGAAUGAUUGUUGUGAGGAAGCGAGCGUGAGCCAUGCGAUAAUUAGAGUUUUCAGGAAAAGUGUUGGGCGGAGAGUCCGACGGAUCGGUUCACGAUGGCUGAAAUCGCCGAGUUUCUACAAAAACAAUUCGGAAUAGCUCGUCCCAAUUUCCAUCAGAUGAUCGCCGAACAGACGAGAGAGGUUCGCUUUCAGUGUGUGCGUGAAGGGCUGAACAUCCGUGUUUCAGGCGGUUCUCACGAAACGCCGCACAAUCCGAUCGCGUGCGAAGAUGCGGAUGCCACGUGGAUUCGCCAAGUGA